CAUUCUUCGCAUCUCUGUCCGUGCGCUGUCGAUUCACGUACACAUAUCCGGCUGGCCCAGAAACACAACAAUAACUUUACACAGUUUACAAAAAAUAUAAUAUCCCACAAUAGACAAACAAAGGGGGACGAAUUGUAUUACAAAUAACAAUAACGGAGGUGUUUGAGUUGGCUCAGCCGGGAGUUGGAGAUUUCAGUGGAACAUUUUCGGAGCAGUGCAAAAACAUUCUGCUGAAAGACUUGUUGCUCCAACACCUUUGGUCGUGUAUUUUAUCCAUCGUCCCUUGAAGUCACUAUCUCCUACAUGAAUUUCAUCCAGAUUUAAGAGUCUAUUUGACAGUCCUGACAGCUGGUAUAAAGGCUUCAACUGCUCCUGUGCAGGAGAUACCAGAUCUCUACCUACUGUGCUCCAGGCUUCGGCUUGGAGAUCCCAAGCACCACUAUGGACCCCAGCAGCUGGAGCGGCAGCGAGAGCCCUGCCGAGGACAUGGAGAGGAUGAGCGACUCGGCAGACAAGCCCCUGGACAAUGACGCCGAGGGGGUGUGGAGCCCCGACAUCGAGCAGAGCUUUCAGGAGGCGCUGGCCAUCUAUCCCCCCUGUGGGCGCAGGAAGAUCAUUCUAUCUGACGAGGGAAAGAUGUACGGUCGGAAUGAGCUGAUCGCGCGAUACAUCAAGCUUCGGACUGGAAAGACGAGGACGAGGAAGCAGGUGUCUAGUCACAUACAGGUCUUAGCAAGAAAGAAAGUUCGAGAAAUCUCAGCUGCCAUCAAGGUUACAAGCAUGGAUCAGACCGUGAAGGACAAAGCCCUCCAAAGCAUGGCCUCCAUGUCCUCGGCUCAGAUCGUCUCUGCUACCGCCAUCCACAACAAGCUGGGCCUGCCAGGCAUCCCGCGCCCAGCCUUCCCCGGAGCGGCAGGGUUUUGGCAGGGCAUGAUAUCGACAGCCCAACCUGGAUCAUCACAAGACAUCAAGCCGUUCACCCAACAAGCAUAUCCUAUCCAGCCAGGAGUAACAACAACGAUUUCCAGCUAUGAGCCCACGUCAGCCCCAGCCUCCACAGUCCCAGCGUGGCAUGGCCGCUCCAUCGGGACAUCCAAGCUCCGGCUGGUGGAGUUCUCUGCCUUCCUUGAGCAGCAGAGAGACCAAGACUCAUACAACAAGCACCUCUUUGUGCACAUCGGACAGACGAACCACUCCUACAGCGAUGCCUUGCUGGAGUCAGUGGACAUUCGUCAGAUUUAUGACAAAUUCCCUGAAAAGAAAGGAGGACUGAAGGAGCUCUUUGGCAAGGGUCCCCAGAAUGCCUUCUUCCUCAUAAAAUUUUGGGCUGACUUGAACUGCAACAUCCAGGAUGAAGCGGGGGCUUUCUAUGGAGUGACCAGUCAGUAUGAGAGCUCCGAGAACAUGACAAUCACCUGCUCAACUAAGGUGUGCUCCUUUGGCAAGCAGGUGGUUGAGAAGGUGGAGACGGAGUAUGCCCGGUUUGAGAACGGACGCUUUGUGUACAGGAUAAGCCGGUCUCCCAUGUGUGAAUACAUGAUCAACUUUAUCCACAAGCUCAAACACCUGCCUGAAAAAUACAUGAUGAACAGUGUCCUGGAGAACUUCACCAUUCUAUUGGUGGUGACGAACAGGGACACACAGGAGACUCUGCUGUGUAUGGCGUGUGUGUUUGAGGUGUCGAACAGCGAGCACGGUGCCCAGCAUCAUAUCUACCGAUUGGUGAAGGAAUGAGACUCCUGAACCCCCUGAAUCCUCCCUUUACAUAGACUAAAGAACCUCAAAACAAAGUGACAGUGCCUCUAGCUGAAAAUCACACAUGCACUGCUUUUCGGUCACAUUUUGUGCGAGGCCUAUUGUUAUUCAUUUCUUUGUAUAUUAAUGUAUGUAUUUGAUGUUUGACUGCAGCUGUGAAUUGCGGUACAGUUGUUCUAUGUUUUGAUACAGGAUAAAUUCUUCAUUUUAAGGAUGGCAAGUCAAUCUUUGUUUGUAGGAUGUACAUAUAAAAGAGGCAGUAUGUAAGGAAUCUGUUGGUUGGGUUUAAUUUGGUCAACAGACAUUAUGUGUAUGUUGUCUUCUUCCGCUUUGAUCUUGUAAUGUACACUUAGAAAACACUAGAAAGAUGUUGUCUGUUCCCCAUGGGUUCUGUAAACUAUGUGUAUAUCCGUAGUUGAUUUGUGAGCGUAUAGGUCACAGGAGGUUGGUGGCACCUUAAUUGGGGAGGACGGGCUCGUGGUAACGACUGUAGUGGAAUCAGUGGAAUGGUAUCAAAUACAUCAAACACAUUGUUUCCAGGUGUUUGAUGCCAUUCCAUUUUCUCCGUUCUGGCUAUUAUUAUGAGCCGUCCUCCCUUCAGCAGCCUCCUGUGGUAUAGAUAUACAAACCGUACAUACACACUUGACCAAUUGGUUUUCCAAAGAAAAGCAUUUUUUAAAACAUUUUGGGGAUAAUAAAAUUGCUACACGAAAGUUAGUCGAAGGCAGGUGAUUGUGGGCAUCAUAAUAGUGAAGUUAUUGCUUUACAAAAACAUCUGUUUCUUUCAGGGAAAUAAGAUACCGAUCCCUGUGGACAAUCCACGGUCUUAGACACUAACAGCAGAAUGAAUACACUGUGAUUACACUACAGACGCCUAUUUCAACCUGUGUCUCUGCCCCAGACAGGGCUUACAAGUCUUACAUUGCAAUAAGGAAACCAUACAUCUGUCCUGUUCCAGUGUCCGACGGAGUCAUUAAAAUGGAUUUGAUUCUAAAAGCAUGAAAGCACUACUUUAGCUACUUUGAGUGGACUGCCACCUUGUCCUAAGCACUUGGUUCCCCUUCUAGGACAAGCCAAUUUUAACUUUGACCUUUUUCAUUUAGAUGUGUGAUUUAAGGUUUUAGGAUAUCCUGAAAUAACCAUGAGAAAAUGGAUCACUUCUUAGACAGCGGGCUGUGUUCAGUAUGCAGUUUCAUUGCCUCUAAACAGAUUAUGCAUUUUUUCUGGCCAUUGCAGUGUAAUUUCUACUAAGUUCUAGCCAAUGUCGCUGCCUUUACGUUCACACCACCCCAUGAAUCUGUGGCCUACACCAAUUCUGAGCCUUAAACAUGUUACGGACGUGUGAAUUCCAAAAGAUGCCACUAAAGCUGUGAUCUCUUUCCUAAGCUGGGUGACUAAUUUUCACAUUUUGUAGGAAUUCACCUACAGUACAAUCUGCCAAAGUGUAACAGUGUACAGUGCCUUAUUGUAUGGUGUCAAACUGGCCUUGGUUUACUUUUAAGAAUGUAUUUUGUUUUUAACACGCACAAAAAAUAUAUAAAAUCCCUCACCAAUAUACAUAUUGGUACAAAAUUUUACCACAAACAUGCGAGUUAAACUGAGUUACUUUUUAACAUAAAUAAGAACUGACUUUGCCUUUCCUGUUCUGAAAGACCAAAAAUACAGAGAUACAUACGAUCUCUAGUCAUGUCCUGCACUGUAGCAUGGAAGUGCCUUUGGUUUAGAAUCUCCAGCAAUGAAAAUAGUAAAUAAUUAUGAAUUAAGUGUUGCUAAACCAAAAAGAGAUGUAAUGACACCAAUCACCACAUUGCCUUGCUGAAGGUUUGUACUAGAUGACAAGGGACAGUGAGUGAGUCGAUCCAUGGUGAAAUAAAUUAUAUAUUAAUAUAAUUUGGUUUUAAGAAAUGAUCUGUUAAGAAGAGUACCUGUACUAUACAUGUGUGUAAAGUUAUAGUCUGUGAAAGGCCUGUUUGACCAGACAGCAACUGAUAGAAUGGAGGAUGGUGACUCGUUCUAGCAGCUGUGAAGUCACAUAGGCUUACAACUUUACCUUAAGAAGAGAUACAUGUAUCCUGAUUCUUACAAAAUUAUUUAUGGGAACGUCUUAUUCUGAAUCAUUGCAGAAAAUGUUUCUGGUGGAUACAGACAAAGUUGGUUCAAUUGCUCAGUAUUUUUGCUACAGCCCUAUGGAGACUGGAGUUCAGUAGGCAUAUAUAUUUUUUCUUUGUUGACUGUUUUAUCUCCCUUUUUGCCCUGUGUACUAGUUCACGUUUAUGAAUUACUUACUGAGGUGUUCCUGUUUUAUUGUUCUACAUGUAUAUGAUGGUUUGUGAUUACAUUUUGGGUAUAUUCCAAGCCCCAAGAGGGUGGUGAUGCUGUUACUGCGACACUGCUGGUACAUUUGACAUGUCAGUUCCAGGCUGACUGUACCUCCCACGUCUCUGGGGAACAGAAGACUGUUGCCUUUGAUCAGAUGGAUUGUCUGGAGGACACUCUGGAUAAAUGGACAUAAAGCAUGGAUGUGUAACGGAAUCUCGACACAAACAUAUCAGCAGUUUAGCUCUUGUUGUUAUUUGUUUGUAAUUUUGUCUAAAUGUAGGUACUGGUACCUUUUUUGUUGGUUAUUACCAUUUUAAGAUGUUGGCUUUAAAGUGAACUUUUCCAUAGAUCAGAUAGUACCAUAAAAACAACUAUUGGGUUUUUGUGCAGAGAUUUUCUUUGUAAAAAGGUGCUUUGUAUAAAAUGAUAUAUCCUGGCUUUUCUUGGUACAGAAGUGUGAUAUCUUUUCAUAUCCAUGACAGUAAAGCGUUGGAGCAAGGGACAGAAAAUAAAACCUGCUAUGUGUAUGUGUUCUCUACUGCAUAUGGUCUUGUCUUUGCUCCGUAACAUUUUCAUGCCUUCUUGAUAAAGUGGUUGAUAUUUUGUAGCUUUCUAGAUACUUUGUAUGUAUACAAUAUUGAAGUUAAAUAAAUCAGGAAAAAUAUGGUC